AUGGACUCUAUGGAAUUGAAACUCAGAUCCAGGGCGUACAGCUGCGGCAAUGACGGCAGGGACGUCACGGUUCUGAUGAUAUCUGCGGCCAUCUCCAUUCCUGUUGUCAGCAAGGUGGUGGUCAGGUUUGGCAAGAGGAUACCGUUCAUGUGCUUUCAACUGGCUCUUAUUCCAACAGCCCUGGGGCUCCUACUUAUCCCAAGUAGAAGUGUGGUGGCAAUAUUUAUAUUAUCCACCUGUACGGGUAUAUCAGGAUCUGCGGGAUUCUUCAUACCAUGGGCAAUGAUUAGUGACGUCGGAGAGGACUACAUCUUGCAAAAUGGCAGGCGACUUGACACGGGGUUUUUCAGCAUGGCUCUGUCCGUGAAAAGUCUCACCGACACUUUAGGCCAAGGGCUGACAACCAUUGCACUAGAAAUUGGAGGCUACAAAACUGGAGCUUGUGUUCAGCCUGCCUCUGUGGGCACGUCGUUACGGAUACUCGUGUCAGCAUUCCCAGCAGUCUUUUCUCUCCUGGCUGUGGCGGUGAUAUGGAAAUAUCCCAUCACGGAGGACAGACGAAGGAAAACUAAGGAAGAGCUAGAAAACAGGAGGAAGUCCAACAAGGAAGAAAAUUGGAAAGAGUGUAAUGGUCACGAACUUUUACAUCCGAGAAACGCUGACACAACAGACACAUUAACAACCUCCUAUGAAGAAGAUGUCCUUCUGUCACCAGAUUUAGAUCUAUCAGUACUGGAGGACUGCAAAGAGUCUAUUCUCUAGUUUCCAGGAACUUCGAAUUCGAGGCCCAUAUGCCCGUUUAAUUGCACACCCCA